UAUGUAAUUCCAUUUCGACGAAAAGACUUAAAGUUAGGGACGGACACAAUGCAAGGUCCCUUGCAACCUCCUUUUCCUUUCUUCCUUUGCCCAGCUCUACGCAUCUCGGUUGCGUCAGAUACCCGCUGGGCCUAAAGUCAUGCCUCAAGCAUCCCGUGGAAAUGCUCGUCAGCCUGACUCCAGGGAGGCCCAAAAGGCCAUGGACAAGGAGCAGAAGAGAAGCCGAGGCGCUAUGUCAUGCGCCGAGUGUAGAAGACUCAAAUUGAAAUGCGACAAAACCGUUCCGUGUUCUUCAUGCAAACGCAGAGGCUGCUCGGCCAUUUGUCCCAAUGGUUCCCUCACGACUGGUCAGGGAACUCGGUUUGUGCUAGCAGAUACAGAAAAAUUACAUCAGAAGAUUGCACAAAUGAGUGACAGGAUUCGUCAACUUGAAGAUGCACUUUCUAUGUUGCAAGCUAGUCCUGGCGAACAACACCCACUUCUGCAUAGAGACCUUCUCGACAUUAAAUCAAUCAUAGAUUUGCACGCUGCUGUGGAUGAGGAAACGGCAGGUAAAUCCAAGCAGGAGGUCGAUGAUGACUCACAAUACAUCGAAUCUUUUGGGACGCUCGCCAUACGGGAUGAUGGAGCCGCAACUUUCUAUGGCCCAUCCGCCGGUUCGGAGGGAGAGUCUGCUGUGUCAUCGACACCUGAUUUUAGUCCAGGCGACAGGACACAACACACUGGGCGUCUACCUUUCAGUGUCAACCAUCUGUCGAAGUCUUUCCCUCUGGCUCCAGUGUUCAAUGACGAGGUUGAUCUCAACUACCUCAUUCAAAAUCAUCUACCUCCUUGGCAUCGUGCUCGUCACUUGAGUGAACUGUAUCUCCAGCAAGCACCGUGGUUCUUUGGAGCGGUUACAAAGCGGCAACUAAUGGAGGAGAACCUUCCUUUAUGGUAUGCAGAGGCAUCAGACCUCAUCUAUUUGGGUUCCGUGGCGCCACCAGUGACCUCGGGGAAUGAUGCUUUGAGCAAAGGUCCUCAUGAACUCGCCUUGAUGUUCGUGAUUUUCUGCUUUGGGGCACUGACGGAUCACAGAUUGCCCCCUGCGCCAGACAACGAGGAAGCCGACAUGUAUUUCAAACUUACGCGCGCUGCCCUAAACUUGGAGCCCGUACUUGAUCGUCCACCAUCAGUGGCAACCAUUCAGACGCUGGCUUUACUCGCAAUUUAUCAAGGCCUUUGCAGUGGAGAAAACAGUAUUGAGAGCACCUGGGGAAUCUUUGGACUUGCAACGAAGUUAGCUCAGAGCGUAAGCGGCAUUGACCGUGAUUGCGCCCGCUGGCAGCUACCUCCACAAGAGGUGCAAAAGCGCCGUGCGCUGUUCUGGGAGCUAUUCAUCACAGACGGGUGGCAGUCCUUGGCCACAGGUCGUCUUGCUACGUUUUACCUGCCUUUUAUAGACUGUGAGCUACCUAAUGACCCCGAUUCCACGGUGGAUGAAGACGGAAGUGUUUUGCUAAGCUUCCCGGCAUGGAAGGCUCGUUUUGGUUUCCAUUGCAUAUCUGCAGUUAUCCAACAUGCACAAACGGCAAAGGUGCCGAAGUAUUCUGUUGUCAUCGAGCUGGAUCGCAAGAUUCGUGACAUGGAGCUUCCAAAAUACGCCCAGCGACCUCCCAGAGAAGGUGCUGAACUUGGGGAAGCGAUGAAGCAUUACAUGCCUCGUAACUACCGGCACCUUACUCUGCUAUAUGUUCAUCGAUGCUUUUUUGCGGAAGCUGUAUCAAACAACCCCACAAACCCCAUGAGCAGCCCAUUUGCCCCAUCGUUCCUUGCAGGGUACCGCAGUGCCUGUGAACUGAUCAGCGGUCUUCGUACGCAGUUCGACUUGUUCCCAGCACAGAUCGCCCGCUUCUGGGUUUUAUGGACCCAUGCAUUCUCCUCAUCCGUGAUGCUAUCUUCCGUCGUUACGCAUGCAUCUGGAAGCGGUUCUCGGUCGAAGGUCACCACUGCAGCCUUGACCGAGCUGCGACGCGCUGUUAGUCUUUUCAAAGAAGCAUCUGUUUUCGGAGGUCGAGCUGGAAAAUUCCUUCCUAUCCUUGAGAGGCUGUUGCAGAAAGCUGAGCAGGCAUACAGUACUGCCACCCCUACCGUGACUCGACGAGAUAUCUUCUCGAACACCGGUCCAACGAAGUCGAAGGAUGAACUUUCGAUUUUCAGUGGGCAAAUCAACAAGAUUGCCACGAAGGCCCCCGUGCCACCAUCUUCAGGACGGUCGAGCCAUUCACCUGGAAACAUCACCAAUCUGAGUCAACCGGUGCAAGUAGAAGGCGCUCCCCCGCAGGCAUUUAGCAACAUUCAUCCAUCGCUGCGCGAGCAGUGGAGCAGUUUCGAGGGGGAUCUCAAUGCUCAGCUUCAUAAUGCUGAACGAGACGCAUAUUACACAGAAGACGACGCUUUCGUGGUGCCUGAGUCUACUGAGGAAUUACGUAGAAUGACCAGUAUGCACGAGGGCACACAUCAAGCCCAGCCGGCCCAGCACCAGCUGCACCCAGUUACACAGCCGCCACAAGGAUACCAUAACCACUUUCCCGCCUCGUCGCAUGGAUUUUCUCAACUGGUCGAGGCACAGAAGUCUUUCCAAAGUGAGAAUCAGCGCCGGGAACCUGGCAAGCGCUAUCAGCAUGAGCCGCAGUACGCUCAGCCGCUGCCACAAUCUCACCAUCACCAGCCUGACAAUACCCAAUACCAUGCGGACCCUCGUCAGCAACAUCCCCAGCACCAGCAAUACUAUAGCCAGGAACAACCUGGUCAUUAUAUUCAUGAUCCACAUCAGUCAUCAUCAUCCAGCACUGCGAAUCCUCACGCACCUGGUGACUACAACGCAAGAUCCUCCCAAUCGUAUUGGGAAUCUGCACAGCAGUCAUAUCAGGCGCAGGAAAGCACUAUGUAUUACCAGUCCUCGUACUAUGACAAUGAGUAUCAAACCUCCCAACAAACUCAAGCUCCUGCACCCGGUGCAGAAUACCUGUCACUUACCCAGCAGCAUCUGCAAGAGACGUGGCAGUCAUUUAACGUUUACGUCGGCUCGCCGCGUCGGCCGACAUAGAAUAUGCACCUUCUCCGCUCGUUCAGAUUUGUGUUCAAACGCUCUCAUUUGGCUAUCUAGCAUUCAUUUCGGUUUCGUGGUACCUGCAGCGCAAUGUGUAUCAUUACUGCUCAAAAUGUUGUAUAUAAACUAUAUCUGAUCCCAUGUAUCUGAUUAAUGUAACAUGUAUGUCCUCCACGGAUCGCGGAUCUAGAGCCCCCGACAUAAGUACUUGCCCCUUGCAACUUGCGCUCUACAAAGCUCCAUUUCUGUUGGUACAGCGAGAAUCGAAGCUAGUAAAAUCCCCGAGCUAUCGGCAAAACCAAUAGAACCUAUCUUAAAUUCCCGCUCUUGCUUUGUGAUCUCAGGAUUGUGCGCUGAGGCCGGAUCCGGUUGCUCUUGAUUGAUACGAUAGAACACGUUGACGCUAGCAAUCACUCAAUCAGAUCAACAGCUUCUAUCUGGACAAAAAUAAGACACACUAUGCCAAACCGCCGCACACGCC